GAGGAGUCUACCUCACCCAUUUUCUCAAGCAAAUAAUCCCUAAAAACCAUCUAAAAUUGAAAUUGGCAUGCAUAUUUUGUAAUGAGAGGGGAAGCAACUUUAUAGGAAGAUACCUGGAGUCAGUUUAUUAUUAUUUCAAUCAAGGAAAAUUUGUAAAAGUAACCCAAUCAGGGUCCUUUUUAUUGAGGCAGAAAAGAAAAGAUGUGUAAUGAAAGCUGUUACUCUUGGCGAUAAACCCACAAGCGAUUCCCCUUGACUGUGCCAAGCUUUUUAAGUGUCUUUUUGGCGUCAUGGUGGUUUUACCGCCUGUAUCACUACUAUUUCAGUGCACUCUCGUGGCUCACAGCAACGUUGUUUCCACUUAAAGAAAGGAAACUCUGUUUUUUCUUUUGAACCAAAUAUUUUUCCACAGACCUACUCUGCAGUACUUUUGUAGAAGGAGCAAAAUUUGACAAAGACUUCAGCAGAAGCAUCAUGAUGAUCGCCAUCGCCCUCUUCAUCAUAUUGGGGAUACUGACCCCAGCCCCGGCUGCUGGAUUUCGCAUCAGCAAACCCUGCUGUACGAGAUACAGCGAUAAAGCUGUGGCAUUUAAACAUAUCCGAGGCUAUAGGGAGCAAAUCUCUCUGGAGCACUGUCGCAUCAACGCCAUCAUUUUCUACACCACCAGUAACCACGAAGUCUGUGCGAGACCGGAGGAUGAGUGGGUGAAGAAAGCUCUCGACUCGCUGAGCGCAAAACUGAAGAUGAUGUCCAACAACAUUGUGGGCGAAGGACUCUGAAGAGACAAUCUGACAACUUUCUUUUGUCAUCCAUGGUGGAAGUGGGCUUUCCAAAGAUUAUACUGAUUUGCAAUAUAUAUA